AUGCAGACGUUGAGCAACACCCUUAUGCACAACAACAACAACCCUCCGCCACAGCCAGCUGGUAACCGCGACAUUGGUCGGCAAGUCUCGAGUCACCGACCUCCCGUGUUCGCCGGGAAAGAAGACCCUAUUCUUUUAGAGGAGUGGAUCCGUGCCUUGGACAAAGUCUUCGCAGUGGUUGGUUGCCCUGAAGACCGUCGUGUGGAGCUAGCAACGUUCUACUUCAGCCACGAGGCGGACCUAUGGUGGGUCCACGAGGGUCCAGCAUGUCUUGAGGAACCGGGGUUUGAUUGGUCAGCUUUGAAGGACAAGCUCCGAGAGAGGUUUUAUCCGGCGCCUGUGAGAGCGGCUAUGUAUGAGGAGUUCCUCCAUUUGAAGCAAGGGACUCAGUCCGAAGUGGAGUAUCAUAACUAUUUUCUGGAGUUGGCCAGAUUCGCACGUGUGUUGGUUCCCACCGAGGCUGCCAAGGUGGAUAAGUUUGUAUUCGGGCUCAACUAUGAGGUAAUGAAGGCCUUGACGGUGAGCAAACCAAGGACGUUCAAUGAGGCUUAUUUGAGUGCCGCGGAUUUGUACCGAGUUCAGCAGUUGCAAAGAGGGUCCUUUGACUCAGUUAGGAGAAGGGGUGAGGGUAGUGGGCAACAGACAGAGCUAUAG